AUGAUAAUAUCGAAAGUUGGUAAAUCUGUACUUUCAAAAUCAGUUUCGUUCAAUGCAAGGCGUUUGGGUUUUUUGCCUACCCUACAACGACAAAAGAAAUCUCUCGUAAAACUUACAAAACAACAAAGUCGUUUAUAUUCUCUGGACGUGCAAAAAAAUGAAAAGGAAACAAUUAUAAGACUUUUAUAUAAUAUUGGUUCGAAAAAAGAAGCUGAACAAUAUCUCCGUCAAUUUUCAUCAGUUGAAUCUCAAAAAUUUGCCGUAAUAAAAGUUGGUGGUGCUGUUAUUAGUAAUGAAAUAGAUUCUCUUGCCUCUUCACUUUCGUUUCUAAACCGUGUUGGGCUAUAUCCCAUUGUAUUACACGGGGGUGGUCCACAACUCAAUAUAGAAUUAGCAAAGGCUGGAAUAGAACCUAAAUAUAAAAAUGGUAUUCGAAUAACUGAUGCAAAAACUCUUGAAAUCGCAAGAUCCAUAUUUAUACAAGAAAAUCUUAAAUUGGUUGAAGCAUUAGAAAAUUUAGGAACUCGUGCACGGCCUAUAACAGGUGGUGUAUUCAUCGCUGAUUAUUUGGGUCGUGAAGAUUACGGCUAUGUUGGACAAAUUACUGGAAUAAAUAAAAAUGUCGUAAAUGCUAGUAUCAAGGCAGGUGCGUUACCUAUCUUGACAAGCUUGGCUGAAACUCCUUCUGGACAAAUAUUGAAUGUAAAUGCUGAUGUGGCUGCUGGGGAAUUGGCAAAGGUUCUCGAACCAUUAAAAAUUAUUUUCCUUAGUGAAAAAGGUGGACUUAUAAAUGAAGAAACUAAAAAAAAAAUUGAUUCAAUAAAUAUUGAUGAGGAAUAUGAUCAUUAUAUGGCACAACCGUGGGUCAAACAUGGAACGCGAUUGAAAUUGAAAGAGAUCAAAGACCUUCUUGAUCAUCUUCCUCGAACAUCUUCUGUAGCAAUCACAGCUGUAGAACAACUUCCGAAGGAACUUUUCACAGAUAGUGGAGCUGGAACUUUAAUUCGUCGUGGUUAUCGCCUUUUUAAGUUUAACUCCUUAGAUGAAAUGGAUAAAAAUAAAUUGCAAAAGAGAUUGCAAAUAAACCCAAAUUCAGAUUUUGUAUCAAACCUUUCCAAAAAAUCUUAUAAAGUCUACAGCGAUGAACCUUAUGACGUCUUGGCGAUUGUAACCCAAGAAAAAACUAACCCAAAUGCUAUUCCUUUCCUUGAGAAAUUCGUCGCUACAAAGAAUAGUGUACUCAAUAAUGUAAUUGAUAAUGUAUGGAAUAUUAUUCAAAAGGAUAAUCCUCGAUUACUUUGGGCUAUUGAUGAUCAUGAUGAAAAUAAGUCUUGGCACUUUUCUAGAUCAGAUGGUAGUUAUACAAUAAAUGGAAAAACAUUGUUUUGGUAUGGCAUAAAUGUUGAAGAAGUUUCCGCUGCGAUUAAAGAUUUUGUUGCUACGCUACCCAACACAAAUACGGCUCAAUCAUCAUCUUCAGGUCGAGCAUUCGCUAAUGUCUCCAGAAUUGCUCUUAUUGGUGCACGCGGCUACACUGGCCAAAAUUUUGUGUCAUUGUUAAACAAUCAUCCACAUAUCUCAUUGUCUCAUGUGUCUUCUCGUGAAUUGGAAGGUCAAGAGCUCUCUGGAUAUUCUAAAGAAAAGAUUAAAUAUGUAAAUUUGAAAGCGGAACAAAUGAAAGAAAUGCAGAAAAAUGGUGAAGUUGAUUGUUGGGUUAUGGCUUUGCCAAACGGUGUAUGUACGCCAUUUGUGCAAGCUAUUAAUGAAGGUCAAGUAGAUAAAAGUUUAAUUAUAGAUUUAAGUGCCGAUUAUAGAUUCAACAGUGAAUGGACAUACGGUUUACCCGAACUUAGUAAAAAUCGAGAAUCUUUUCGUCAAACCAAAAAAAUCUCAAAUCCUGGGUGUUAUGCUACUGGUUCUCAACUUUCUAUAGCUCCCUUGUUACCAUACAUAUCCGAGACCCCUACCGUUUUUGGUGUAUCUGGUUAUUCUGGUGCUGGAACCAAACCAUCUCCUAAAAAUGAUCCUAAAUUUCUCGAAAACAAUAUGAUACCAUAUUCUCUCACAGAUCAUAUUCAUGAACGCGAAAUUUCAUAUCAUUUGGGAAGAACCGUAAAUUUCAUCCCACACGUCGCACCUUUCUUCCAAGGAAUAACCUUGACUGUUAAUAUUCCACUCUCAAAAUCUUUCAAAUCUGCGGAAAUACGCGAAUUAUAUGAACAAAAAUAUGCUGGAGAAAAACUUAUCAAAGUUGUAGACGAUGUACCACUUGUAAGAGAUAUCUCUAAAAAACAUUUUGUGAAAAUUGGUGGAUUCGGUGUACAUUCAUCAGGUAAAAGAGUUAUUGUCAUAACAACUAUUGAUAACUUAUUAAAAGGUGCUGCUACUCAAGCUUUGCAG